AUGAAACACUUGUUCGCACUUCUCUUGGUCGCAUUAUUGGCCAUCACAGCAGUCACUGCAGAAGUGAGUCCACAAGCAGACCAACAACUCCAAUCCUUCUUGGAGGGUAUUGCUGAAGCUGAGGAACAAGCAGAUUUCUUCCUCACUCCAAGUAUUAUUAGACAAUUGAAGGAACCAAGAUUCUACAUUUUGACCGAUGAAGAACUCGCUGAUAAGAAUUUCUGGGGAAAGGCUUUGAAAGUUGUUGGUGAAAUUGGAAAGGCUGCCAUCAGAGACUACAUCAACAAGAACUGGGAUGAAAUUCCAGAGGAAGAAGCUGACAUCAAACUCGGAAAGUUGUUCAAGAACGUCCUUCCAUAUUUGAAGGCUGCUGCCAAGCAAUACAUUAACCAAAACUGGGAUGCUGAGGAAUUGGCUGAUCAUCAUGAAAAGUGGUGCCGAGUCAUUAAAUGUAUCUUGCCUUACAUUAAAAGAGGUGUGAAGGACUACAUUGCCAAUAACUGGGAAGAAGAGGCUGAUAAGGGAUUCUGGAAGUCUGUCUGGAAUGUCGUCAAGGAAAUUGGAAAGGGUGCCGUUAAGGACUACGUCAAUAAGAAUUGGGACAAUGAAAUGGAAUUAUCUGACAAGUUCUGGAAGAAGAUUUGGAAUAUUGUCAAGGAAGUUGGUAAGGGAGCUCUCAAGUCCUAUGUCAAUCAAAACUUUGAUGCUGUUGAGAUGGCUGAUGCUAGCAAAUUCGAUAUUAGAAGUUUGAUCAAGAAGGCUUUGCCAUACAUCAAGGCUGGUCUCAAGGAAUAUAUCAACAAGAAUUGGGAUAGUCAAGAAUUGGCUGAUUUGGAGAAUGAUGAAUUGGCUGAUUUAAAGUUGAAGAAGCUCUUCAAGAAGGCAUUGGAUGUUGCCAAGAAUUUGGGUAAGAAUUACAUUCGUACUCAAUUCGGCAUUCCUUUGGAAGAUGUUCCUCAAUCUGAUAAAUUCUUCAAGAAGUUGUGGAAGGUUGUUCGUGAUCAAGUCAAGAACUACAUUAAGGAACGUAUUGCUCCUGUUGCUCCAGUUGCUUCUGAGGAAUCUUUUGAUGAAGAGGCUGAUGCUGAACUCAAGUUCAAAGAAUUGUUGAGCAAGGCUCUUCCAUAUUUGAAGGCUGGUCUCAAGGAAUAUAUUAACAAGAACUGGGAUGAGGAACAAGCUGAUGUUAUUGAUUAUGAAAAGCUCUUCAGAAUUGCUUUGCCAUAUCUCAGAGGUGAAAAGAUAAUUGCUGCUCCACAACGUGGUUAA